AUGAAACACAUUUGGGGUUGCGGGACUAUGCAUUCAGGUCGUAACAUUGUGGAGUGUUUUAAUGCGUACAGUCUUUCCUCCAAACUCAUUCAGCAAAAGUUCGACAAGAGAAGAGGUACUUAUCGAUACCUCUUCUCUUAUCCUCUCAGGGCUGGCCAUCGCGAUUCGCUUCCCGCUCUUCCGAACCGUCAUUUACAUUGUGGCAUUUAUACUCCUGUUGUGAUUGUUUAA